UUCACACCCCUCAUAGUUCUCGCCCCUCCCCUUCCUCUGCGUUCUAUCCGUCUGCUUUUUCUUUGUUCUUCACCUUUUCGUCGCUCUCUUCUGCACCCCCAAGCUUCCUCAUCUUCUUCUGUUUCUCAUCGUCUUCAUAACUCUGUCACUCUUUUCCAUUCCACAGUUCUCUCGUGAUUUCAGCCCUCUUGUUGCUUUCUCUGCGGAUUCCAAUUAUUUUCCCGGAAAAACUAUUCCGGCUUCUUCUUCGGUGUGGUUUCGCAGACUCUGUUGGGUAGGAGUGAAGGGUUCUGAAUGGAUUUUGGUUAACAAAAGAUUUUUGUGUGGGUGGAAAAGUUUAUGUAAUGUUCUGGGUAUAGGCUUCCGUAAUCAAGCUUUGAUUCCUUCGAUUCGUGAUUGAUCACCAGAUCUAACAAUUCGAGGGUAUAUUAGUGUUUGACAGAAAUUAUUGAUUCUGGGGGUAGAAAGACACUGAGUUUUGUUCUGGUUCUGUAUCCGCUGGCCAAGUUGAGAAGAUCUUGAUUGGUGAAAUCUGCAGCUAUGGCUAUUCGAGAUCAUAAUGAAGUUUCUAAAUACAAUGGUCUUCCACUAGAAAAUGGAGUAUCUCUGAGUUAUGGACUACGUUCUGCUUCACAGGUUCAUCUAAAUGAUCAGUUUUCUUGUGGGAAUGACCAUGCUCCAAAGGUAAGGAAACCAUACACUAUCACGAAACAGAGGGAGCGAUGGACAGAUGAAGAGCAUAAGAAAUUUCUUGAAGCCCUGAAACUGUAUGGCAGGGCAUGGCGAAAGAUUGAAGAACAUAUUGGCACAAAGACCGCAGUUCAGAUUCGCAGCCAUGCUCAGAAGUAUUUCACAAAGCAGGUUCUUCGUGACUCUACUGGGAGCAGCAUAAGCUCCGUGGAGUCCAUUGAAAUCCCACCUCCACGACCAAAGCGAAAGCCUUCGCAUCCUUACCCUCGUAAGCUGGCGGAGAUCCCCGGUAAAGCAGUUUCCAACACAGGCCAAGCAAUGAUGAGGUCUAAUUCUCUCAAGUCAUCAGAAUCUGAUCAGGAAAACCACUCUCCAAAAUCAGUGUUAUCUACGGUUGGUUUGGACGCUCUGGGUUACUCUGAUUCAUAUAAACCAGAUGGAAGUUCGUACGAGGAAGAUCCUUCCACGCCAAAUGCCGAUUCAUCGCUUGAUCUGCAAACUCUUGGGAAAUUUGAGCUUUUCCACAAAGAAAGUAUGUCUACCAAAGACGACUCAACGGAAGAACCUUGUGGUCGGAUCGUUAAGCUUUUUGGGACUAAUCUUCUGGUAACAGAUAGUUGUCCAACAAUGAAAAAUUCGGAUGUAGCAGAAGCUCCUGCUGGUUUUGCUCCUUGGAGGACUGUUUCCCUCAAGAGGAAGAAUCAUCAUCUACAAUCUAACAAUAAGGAAGUUGAAGAUGAUAAAGUUGAAAAGGAAGCAUCUUGGUGUGGUUCAAACAUUACUAACUCAAUAAAUGAUGGGGACAAUGAUGAAAACGCAGACGUUGAAGCCAGAAGUCACAUGCAUUGCCACAGGAAGGGAGAAAAAUUGGACUUUUUUGGCCGCAUGACAACACCCAGAGACACGUCAGACGUAUCUGAAACAUGGGGGAGGCCUAAAGGGUUUGUGCCAUAUAAAAUAUUCAUAGCAGAGAGAGAAAAUCAGCCCUUGCCUGUAACAGCAGAGGAGAGGGAUGGCCAACGCAUUCGCCUUUCAUUAUAGUUUCUUUCUUCCAUGAUAGGUUUUCCUGAAGCAAGUUCCUAUCUGAAGAAAAGGAGGAGGAAAGUCUUGACAUGUCAUGCAUUUUUCGGAUGCUGAUUUUCCUUCUGUUCAUGUCCAUAAACCUGCCUUUUGACAUAAAUAAUUUCGCAAAGGACUUUUUUUUUUUGGGCCCCAAUGUUACAAGGUAGUACAUGUAGAUCCUUUAGAUCCUUUUGUAUUUGUUGGAAUUCUUUUUCCUACUGUGGAAUGUAGAUUAUAUAGUAUUUUUGUCCCCAGUUGCCCGUGCUAAUUUCAAGUUAAUAAAAUGAUGCUACUAUUAUGCUUA